UUAAUUAAUUUUAUGAUUAGUUUAAUGAAAAAUAUAAUAUAUAUUUAAUUGGACCAACAUAUUUUCUAAAGAUUCUGAAUUUCAUUCUGCUGAUGACACGUGUCUAAACUUAAAAGUUGUAAUAUUUCUCGAUUAAUAUAUAAGGGAAUGCUAAUAAUGACUCUAGGAUGGAGUUCACAUUUUCAUCGAUUAGGCAGGUGAAUCUGCCAUCGAACCUACACCCUUUAACGAUUGAAAUUUGAAAAUGAUAUUUCAUAACAAAAAAAAUUCACGUUAAUUUUUAAAAUACAAAAAAUACUAUUUAAGAUUAUGAACAAACCAAUAUUAUGGAUAAAUUUGUUACGUCCAAACAAAACGAAUCCAAUUGAACCGACGAAGACGUCGAAAUCGUAAGUCCCCUGCUGAUCUCGUGAUUUAGAAAUCAAAUAGUUACGUAUCGUUUGGUAGAAUCCUGAUAAAUGUGUCCACUACAACUUGAUAUGGUAUGGACUGUAUAGUAGGAUAAAUAUUACUAUUUUGUAUUGCUGAUAAAUGUGUUCACAAGAAAUAGUACAGUUGUUAGGUGUAGCCAUUACAACGUGGUAUGAACUGUAAAUGUAAUACGGUUGAGAACAAGUCGGGCACUUGGUAUUACUGCCAUCCAUUAGUUAACAACAUUUACAAAUUUUCAAUAUUCAAAAGGUUGCAUUUGUUAGCAGCUCUCUUUUUAGCCGUAGCCUAGGUGUUCAAUUUAUCAAAAGGUUUAUUGAAUCAACUAUCGUUAGGUUGUCAAACCUCCUCUUAAUCCACUCUCAUUAUUUCCCACUGUUGUCUCCUGGUUCUGAUUAAAGUUAUUUAUUCUCUUAAUUUUAUUUUGACAAUUUUGUAGAGGAUGGGUUUACACUUCAACUAGUCAGCAUAGUUUUGGUCAUUGCCAAUUUUUAAAUGGUGACAAUAAUUACUUGGAUUAGUCUUAAGCUACCUAAGUUUUGCUCAUGUGAAAAUGAUUGAAAGCAUAAAUAAUAAUUUAUGAUGCUGGUCUUUAAAUUUAUAAUGUUUGCACUAAUAAAUAUUCGUAAAAUAUUUUGUCCACAUGUGCGGGAGAAACAUCUAGUUAAGUUGUAAGUCGAAUUCGAUUUCCAGAACUCAAACACAUUAGCUUGCUCCAAGCUUUAUAUAUCUAUCGAAAUCCUAAGGCUCUUAAAGGUAAUUCACCUCUGUAGCAUUAAAUGCGCGUUCCUCCCAGGAUUGAUCGGAUCAACCGAUAGAGUUUAUAAAAAAAAAGAAGAAAAAGGUAAUUCAUCAAUUCAAACCAACACUCGAAUCUACCUUGCAAAGGUUAGACUGUUCCUAAACAUCUUUAUAUAUAAAGUAGAGUUCAUUCUCUCCUGGUGAUGCCAUGUCAUCAAUUGGGUAAAGGAGAGAGUGACACCUGUCCUUUUUUUUUAAGCUUUCGAUGGUUUCAGAUGGGCUCGAAGGCGAGAGAAAUUUGUACUUGGGCUUGAUACGCUUGAAGGCUGGCAUGUUAGGUAUCGUCUUCGUGACUGAUGUUUGCGUCUAUGACGAUUCCUCUGGAGUCGUUUCUUUUUGGAUUCAUCUCCUAACAUACGUUACCAGUUCCAUUGAAUGAGUCUUAUCCCUCUUCCAAGCUCCACCUAUAAAACAGUCAAGCCCUAUCGCUUGAGAAUCAUUCGCAGGAUUCGAAAAGUUUCUGUAUUUCUCUCUAAUUCGAGAGUUUCUUUGAGAUUUUAAGUUUCUGGUGUUGUUGUUCGGAAUUGUUAUGUUGAUGGAUCUUACCGGUGCAUUCAGGUCUUGAUCCGGUGGGGUUGGGAUGUUCCCAGAAGCAACAUGGCUUGAAUCGCUUCAUCUCGGCGGUGGCGACGAUGAGUUUCUGCAACUAACAAAGCUAACUCCCAAGAAUGCCGGUGGUUUCAAGUCGUCGAUUAAGCUUCCGCCUACACAAGCGGUGGAUAUAUCAGUGAUUCGUCGUCAUCGUUUUCUCAAGAAGCGGCCGACGGUUUAGAUGUUGGUGAGUGCUAUGCGAGGAUUUUGGAUGGGUUUUGUUUUUGGUUUUUAUUGGAUGGCUUUUGUUAGAUACGCAUAGCAUGCAUAAUCUUAGUAAUUCAUAGUUCUUCUUAUGUUUCUUAUAUCACAGUGACUGGUGAGUGUCUGUGGAAGGAUUUCACCAUUUUUAAAGGCUUCAGAGAAAGUUUCAGUUGCUUCACAUUAAACUAACUUUCUCAAGAACAAUUAAUCUCGAAUAAGCUUUGUUUAGGAGUUCACCUCUGUUUCCAAACAUGUGUGUUUCUGAUUUCUAUCAAUCUGUCCCUAUUUCAACGUGUUGCCAGUGGAUGAUCAGUCUCUAAGAUAAUAGAAUUGUUAUAUACCCGCACGAGAGGUAUGCUGAAACCAGAGGCUGUAAGAAAGACGAGAUCGAGAAAUGGUCCAAGAGGCUGAGAAGUACAAGUCUGAGGAUGAGGAGCACAAGAAGGAGGUCAAAGCCAAGAAUGCUCUUGAGAACUAUGCGUACAACAUGAGAAACACCAUCCGUGAUGACAAGAUAGGUGAGAAGCUUCCUGCUGCAGACAAGAAGAAGAUUGAGGAUUGGGUUGAGGAAGCAACCCAAGGGCUUUGUGGUAACCAGUUGGCUGAAGCAGACGAGUUUGAAGACAAGAUGAAAGAGCUGGAGAGUGUGUGCAACCCGAUCAUAGCAAAGAUGUAUCAAGGAGCUGGUGGUGAAGCAGGUGGUCCUACUGAUGAUGAAGCUCCUCCUCCUGCUGGCCCCAAGAUUGAAGAAGUCGACUGGUUCUUUUGGAAUUGUUUUCCCUUAAUGUCUGGAACGUCUCAAUACUAAUGUUGUUUAGUUUUGUGUUUUGCUUUUUUUUUUUAUAGUUACGUACUCUUAUCAUAUGUGGAAUUUGUUGCGAAUUGAGUUGGGAGUUUCGAAGUUCAAUCGGAGAAAUUUUUGUUUAAUUGGUCUCUCUCUCUGUUUCUGUGGCUCCAAUGGCUUAAUCUCUUUGAGUGUCAUCUCCUUUCUUUCUCUUCAAUCUUUUGAAGUCGAGCUUCAUAUUGCAUCACAUUUCAUAUAUGGAGCCUCCAAAUAUUUUUUUUCCUUGAACUUUUAAGCCACAAAAUUGUUGGUUUAUUAUGCAUAUGGAUUUCUCCGAUGUCUUGACAAUAGUGUUUGUUAUAACUUACAAACAGACGCCGAACCAAAUAGUUCUAUCAACUUCCAUCACCGUAUCAAAAGAUAUGCUUUUACGGUGGAGUUAAAAAAAAUAUUACAAGCUCACAUUUACAAAAAACUAAGCUAUCCCAUAAUUUCUCACCGAACAGAAGUAACGAUCACUAUUUUGAUCUAUAUGGAUUAUGGACAUAUUCACUAUCACGAUUUUUAACGGAGACAUUCAUUAUCACGAUUUUUAAUUUAUUUUGAGAUGGUUAUUUUUAUUAACCAAAAGUGAAGAUGCAUCACCAAAAGUGAACGAUAGAUAAUGAAUCUGUAAGAAAGUGAAGGCCAAGGUUUAGGAAGCAAGUAGUGAGAAAGAAAGAGAAGUGUACGUAGCUUAGUGGAUGCCAGACUGAUAAAACUUUAGAGUACACACCAAGGAACAUGCCUAUGGAGCAUUCAGCGAGGUACAUAUCAUACUUUCUGAGACAAAAAGGUAAGAACAUUACAAACAAAGAACUGGUUUUAGGUGUGAGAGAGCUUCUUGAGUAUGAUGAAUGUUAUGCUCAGCAACUUGGGCUGUAUUGAACCGAUAGUAAUGCGGAUGCUCAUACGCUAAAAUGAAUUCAGAUUUUAGCUACUUUAAAGUAUUCUGGAGUUUGUGGUUGAAUCAGUUUGUUCGCUUUGUUUUCAUUUGAAAUAAAUAAACCGAACCAGUUUAACACGAAACAGUUUGUUUUGUUCGUAUUCGAUUAUAUGUUCGCUUUAAUUUGAAAUGUAUUUUCUUAACAAAUUAGAUGGUACAAUCAAUGAAGUUCUUGCUUUAGCCGAUAAUGUUUGGAAAUAAAAAAAUUUAACCGAUAACGUGGAAGUUCAUUAUAUCGACUCAAAAUAAUGAAAAAUAAAUAAUAUAUAUAUAUAUAUAUAUAGUAAAUAUCUAUAAAUUAAUACUCGACAAAUGAAUAAACACAAAAUUAAUAAAUUUUACUGGUCUUAAAUUAGACAUAUGUAAAAUCUAACUUAAUUCAAUAAAAUAAUAAUAAUAAAAUUUAGAAUUUUUAUAUAAAUAUAUGAUAUUUUAAAAAUAAAAAUAAUCAUCUUUAAUUGUUUUUUAUUUCAAUAUUUUGAAGUUUCCAUUGAAUUACUGAUAAAAGACAAUUACAUUCUAUCAUCAAAUUCAACGCACAAUUUAUAUAUCUAAUAAUUUAAUUAAAUAGAUAAAAUUAUCGUAAACAAUUUUUUCCUUCCUUUUAAA